CGAUUGGGCGCGGGGCGGGGCAGCCCGUCAGCUGUGCGCGCCGCUAUAACAACAAAGGGCUGCGCGGGGCGCGGAGUUGGCGCGGCUGCGGCGCUGGGAGCGGCGGUGCCGUGCGGUCCGGAGGUUUAACACAAACUGUUUACCAGCCAUGACUCUACAUGUCCUGUACCGAAACUAGUAAAGCAUCUGUGCACUUUAAUCUCAAGUCUAUGCCACCGUGCUAGAACAGUGUGAGCUGUGCCUUGAACCUUGGAUAUAAAGAUCUACCAGCCAAAGUCUUGUUCCUGCCUUAGUAAUGUUCCAGAGGUUAAAUAACAUGUUCAUGGGAGAGAUUGAUGGCUUGUCCAGCCAAGAGCCAGAGUUCAGUGAGAAAGAAGAUGACGAGUGGAUUCUAGUUGACUUCAUAGCAGACACUUGCACUAACUGCACCACGGAGCAAGAUGACAUUGCUGAAACAUCACCUGCAGGCAGCUCGCCUGUCUUCACCUGCCUGCCAUCUCCUCUGGAGCACUUGCCUGAGGCCGGCGAGUCGUGCUUCAUCCAAUUUGAGUCGUGUCCCAUGGAGGAGAGCUGGUUCAUCACCCCUCCACCAUGUUUCACUGCAGGUGGGCUGACUGCCAUCAAAGUAGAAACCAGCCCUAUGGAGAACCUCCUCAUUGAGCACCCAAGCAUGUCUGUCUAUGCUGUCCACAAUGCCUGCCACAGCCUCAGCGACACUGGAUGUGGGGACGAGGAAUUCUGCAGACCGGGCAGUCCCAGACUGGAGGCCCGAAAUGAAACAGGACAGCGUGUUCGCUGCUUUGUCGCAGCUCUUCCUGCUCGUUCAAGUUUUCUGGAAAAAAACAAGAGCUUUCGUCCUACCCACUGGAUAAAAGAACACAGCAAAAGACACUUCCUCAACAGAAAUGGUUUCCGUCGCCAAAACCUCACCAGGGAUUGCCACUCUCGGCAUAUCAAGCACAACGGACUGUUUGUUCACCAGCCUUGCCAGCGUCAGUUCAAUUACUGAUGGCUCUCGUGUUUUAAUCUAUGAUCUGAUUGUUUCUUAGGUUGCUCAUGUUUUCACACAUAGGUGAGUGUGGUCAAUGUGCAGCUGAUCAUCGAUUCCCUCAGACACAAUCACAACUAGUGCUGCAUUUGUUUGAUGACACAUCUCCAAAAAUCUCGCUACGGUCUAAAUUAUGUUAAGUAUCGGUGUCUUAGAAGCCUGUCAGUACAGUAGCUCAUGUGCUGACCUAUCUACAAUGUAUGGAUAGGUUCAUAGUCUUUUAAAGAAGCUUAACUGAGAUAGAAAAAUCAGUUAUGUCUUUGCAUUAAUCAAAGUGGAGUUUAAAAAUUUGAAGUUAGCCAUAUGCUUUAAUGACAAGUACUUGACAGCUUGUGUAUCUCUCUGUAUUAGGCAUAUCUGAUUAAGUUCUAACAAGGAAAUACUGUAGCUGCCAGUGAAUAUUACAUAGCUAUGCUGAUCUGUUACAAGGACAACUAAUCUGAAUUGCCUAGUACCUACCUGUGUUUGCAUGGAGUCUGUGUAGUUGUGUUAGGUACUUAAUAAGAGUAUCAGAAAAGGGUUAAAAGUCCCUUUGGUAUUUCUGCAGUAUCUAUGGCACUGGUGUUACAGAUGAAGUACCUCACAGUGGAGUGAAAGGAGAAGUGGACCUAUGGGUUAAGUACAGAUGCAUAAGCCAGAGAGCUAAAGUGUUCUACUUGGUACAGUUUGAGCUCUCUUCCCUUUCUAACUCUUUUUAUUGUUGAAGAUCAAUUUCUUCUAAAACCUAAUCUGUUCCAUUUGUUCUGUAGUCUAGUUACCCCCCCCAAAAAUAGUGGAUCAACUGUUCUUCUAAUUCCACUGGUAGCUGACUGCUUUUUUGAAGAAGUCAGGCUGAUGCUCAGCUAUUUCUGAGCUGCUGAUUGCUGUUAGAUUUUCUUGUUUACAGGCUGAGAGUUGCUCGAAAAUAGCUAGAAGAAGGACUUCUGAUAGAACUUCUUCUAACUGUCUAAUCUAUUCUCCCACUCAAUCAAGUCUGAGAUCAGUUGUGACUGGAAAUGAAGAGCAGUGGGUGGCAAGGAGAAGAGCAUGCUGAAACUGUCUUACAGAACUAAAUACAGAUAACGGUAUAUAAAAUUUGAGGCACCUCAGCAAUGUUUUUAAGUCAACAGGGAGCAGAAAGACUGGAUAUCAAUUCUGUGGGUUAGUAGGGAAGAGAAGCCAUUCAAAACUAACAAAUACUCAAGUAUUCUUAAGUAUUAAUACUUAAGUAUUCAUUCUUAAGAACAUUCUGCAAAAUACUCUGUUGGGAGUAGGUGGGCACUUAAAGACAAAAAAAGCCCAGCUUAUUAAUAGAUUGUACAUUACACUGCAGCCACAUGGCACUCUGAACACUGAUAGGUAAUCUAGGAUGUGGGUUAAAUCUCUUUGAAGGGGAGAGGGAACAGAAAUUCUCACAAAAAAAGGGGGAAUGAGUAAUUUUACCUCCUUUUUAUCAGUGCUCAAAUGUUGUGUGGUCCUUUUUUUUUUUUUUUUCCUCCCUGUGCUGGGUGCCUGGGGCAUUCAGGUGUUAAUGUGGCAUUCAGCCAUGUCUUCCAGUAGUCCUUAGACAGAAGUUUCCGUAAGGACUCACAUGGAGAGCAUUGGAAAUUGGGUGAUGUCAAUGUGAAUUGUUCCAGACCUGCAACACUUGUUUUCUAAAUCCAUCCAAAUGCUUCAGAUUUUCUCAGAAGCCCAACAAUUUGAAUUAGUACUGAUGUAGUUAUAGUGUAGUGCACGAUGUAGUUACUGCACGCAGUGCAGCUGGAAUUGCUGGGGAGCAUACCUAGUAUGCAGGAAACAGCAUUUCUUUCAGUUUUCAUUUCUCACUUCAGUUUUGCUGCUUACCUGGGAUUAGUUAGGGUUGUUGCAAGGGGAUGUUGGGAAACACAUGCAUGUGUAAGAGCAAGUGGUGCUUUCCUGGAUACACUGGCCUUCAAAACACAUGGAGUUUGUGUGAACUGGGUAAGAGAACAAAAUUGGUCACGUUAUGAGCCUCAAAAAUAGCAGUGAGGGUGUUACUGCUCUUUAAAGCCUUAUGUAUCCACAUUCAUAUAAAAUUUUUGUGGUCCAAAUACUCUGGCUUAUCUCCAAGUAGCUGUAGUUUCUCCAGUCUUGCAUCUGUACAUAUCUGUACCUGGCAUAAACUUCUACUUGCCUCAGGUGGUCUACCUUUACCACUCCAACUCUUUGUCCAGCUUAAACUUCCUUUUCCUCACUGCCAACUUUCUAGCUCAGGAAAAUUCUGUGCUUUCCUGUAUUAUGUUUUUCUUGAUAUAUCAAGUAACUACUUUCCUUCAGCUUUAAUUUUCUUAAAGUUAAAUGAAGGAAGAUGAUGUAUCCACCUCCCUGUGUUGGAAGGAGUAAGUAAUCCUUUGAUCUCAACAGGGGGUGGAAUUGAGAGUGUAAAGGCUCCCAGGCAUUAGAAUGAGAGCCUUGGUCUGUUCUUAGCAGGCAAGUAAAUGCAACUUUAGACUGCUCCUAGAGUUGGGAGAAACUCAUCUUUUUUUUUUUUUUUAUACUACAUUACUAGAUAACUUUCUGGUGAUGAACUCCUAUAUCUUUCAGGAUAUAAACUGUUUUGUUGCACAAAGCUGUGCUUCUCAACUUGUAAUAGUGGAAACCGUGUUGUUGUGUGAGAUAGUACUGCAUCAAUGGCUUUUUGUUAAUUUGUUUUAAGUAUUUAUGUUGAUCUAGUCCCAUUUUAUGCCUGGAGCUAUUGGGCGAUUAGAUUCGUUUUGGUUUUUUGUUUUAUUAGUGAGCUGUGUGGCUUUUUAUAUGGUUUUUGAACUGUACUAAAAUGUUUUUUUUUGUUCUUGUAAAAGUGGAGGCCUUGCAGUGUCUCAUACUGAUUGACAUUCAUGAAUUUUGCUGAAAUGAUAUUUUCAUAUACUGGUUAACAAACAGAUCUGCAUUUUAAACUGUGCCUUCUAGGUGUAACUUUACACAGCAGACUUGAAGAUACAAAAGGGACAUUUCAGAUAGGAUUAAUACUGUAUAUCAGUCUAUGCAUAUACGGCAGCUUCUUUCCAGAGCCACUUUCUAUUUGUAGCAGUCUUUUUGAUAUGGAAGAAUGUCUCGCUCUUAUUUUUAAUAGUUUAACACAAGCUGAAAGCUGACAAAAUACAGCACUUUGCCAAAAAGUAGCAUUGCUUAACCGGUGUGUAUUUCCUGAAGCAAUCUUCUGUAUUUUGUUUUCAUGGUGCAUUAUGCACCGUGGGGAGACGUGAUCUGAACUCUCAAUAAAUGGCCUAUUAAAAAUGUCA